ACGUCUCGUUUUAUUUACAAAAUAUCCAUACCAUUUGGCGCUACUUUAAACUAUUAACAGUGCCUGUUUUUUGACAUAAAAGAAGUCAUUUGAUUCGCAUUUUAUUUUAUAUGUAACUAAUUCCUGCAAACUUGACACCAAGGGUAGACCGUUAGCCAUGUUGACGGUAGCGCCCCGUCUUGAGUCGCUCUCCGAGCUGCUGGUAUCUGGUUUCUGACUCUCUGAUACAAAAACCAGUACAGUCAGGCGGCAGAGAGAACAACAAGAUGAAAGGUCACUGAUCUACAACCUGCACGCAAGCAAUUUAAGCUAACAGUUCAACAAAAGAGGCAGCAUUUACUCAAGACUGUGGUGGUCGCAUCCCCCACCUCCGCUUGUCAACAUGACGUCUUCAAUGCUUCGAAGGCAGCUGAAGAACCUGGUCCAGAAUUACUCUGAGGCUGAGGUCAAGGUUAGAGAAGCGACAUCCAAUGAUCCAUGGGGUCCUUCCAGCUCUCAGAUGGCUGACAUCUCUGAUCUCACCUAUAAUGCGGUGGCUUGCAGCGAGAUCAUGACAAUGCUCUGGAAACGCCUGAAAGACGACAAGAACUGGAGACAUAUUCACAAGUCUCUGACUCUGUUGGAGUACCUCCUGAAGACUGGUGAUGAUCGUGUGAUGCUGAAAAUGAAAGAAAACAUCUACAUUGUCAAAGCUCUCACAGAAUAUCGUUUUGUGGAAAAGGAUGGGAAAGAUCAGGGAGUGAAUGUAAGAGAGAAGGCCAAGGUUGUUCUUGUUCUUAUGGAGGAUGAUGAAAAACUGAAAGAAGAAAGAGAGUUUGCUAUGAAGACCAGAGAAAAAACAUCCAAAAGUUCUGCUGCAUCAUCCACAGACAAUGUCAAGGAUCCUAACUACAAACCAGUCUAUGUUCCUGGAGCUUCAGGACUUCCAUGCUUAGACAACAUUCCAUCUGUGGCCGACUUGACUGCUUCUUUUGCUGCCCGCAAAGAGGAGCGACUUCGACAAGAAGCAGAGAAGAAGGAGACUGAGAGACGAGCCAAGAUGAGCGAAGAUGAGCUUAAAUGGGAGGAUGCAGGAAAAGCCGAAAAUGCAGCAAGUGAGGUAUGGGGCGGAGAGAAAGAGGAGGAGAAGAAGGAGGAAGUGAAAUCCGAUCCAUGGGGAGCUCCCAAAGAACCCAGUACAGAUCCUUGGGGUGCUCCAGCCAAAACUGAAGAUCCAUUUGUGGCAGACAAAACUGAUGAGGAUCCAUUCACUGCACCUAAAGACAAAGAAGAUCCAUUCACUGCACCUAAAGACAAACCUGAUCCAUUCACUGCCCCAAAAGAUAAACCAGAUCCCUUCACUUCUUCCAAUGGGGAUCCGUUCAGUGCUCCAAAGGAAGAUCCAUUCAAUGCUCCAAAGGAAGAUCCGUUCAGUGCUCCAAAGGAAGAUCCGUUCAGUGCUCCUCAGGACGAUCCGUUUAAUGCUCCAAAGGAAGAUCCGUUCAAUGCUCCUCAGGACGAUCCGUUUAAUGCUCCAAAGGAAGAUCCGUUUAAUGCUCCAAAGGACGAUCCAUUCAAUACUCCAAAAGAUGAUCCAUUUAAUGCACCCAAGGAUGAUCCUUUUAGUGCACCAAAAGACAAUCAGUUUAAAGCCCCCAAUGGUGACCCAUUUAGUACUCCAGAAAAUGAUCCAUUUAAUGCUCCAAAAGAUGAUCACUUUAGUGCUUUAAAAGACGAUCCUUUUGGUGUCCCAGCAAAUGAUCCUUUCACUGCUCCAGUAUCAACACCCCCUAAAGAGGAGCCGUUAGUAGAAGCAACAAUAUCUAAGGCUGACUCGUUCACUGGUCCCACAACGCCACCUAAAGCAUCAUUUUCAUCACCAACCAAACCUGUUCAAAGUGAUCCUUUUGGUGGACCAACAACGCCGGGUAAGGAGGAUCCGUUUUCUACAACAUCAAAAGAUGACCCCUUUGCUGCUUCAUCAUCACCAUCAAAAGACGACCUAUUUACAGUGCCAUGCAGUCCACCAACAGAGGCAGCUUCAGAUCCCUUCAGUGCCCCUGCAGCAGGUUCACCCCAAGAAACUGCAGAUACAUGGGGAGCUCAAACCAGUUCUCCACCUGCCAAAGGCUCUGAUGCUUGGGGGGCACCAAGUGUUCCAAAGGAAACCAAGAGUGCCGAUCCCUGGGGGGACGGCCCAAGUGUCUCUUCACAACUUGAUGACUCUGACCCAUUUGGAGAUGCAACCAAGCCAGACGAUGACCCAUGGGGAGCCCCUGCUUCAGCUCCAGUCUCCUCAGAUGAUGCAUGGGGAACCCCAGCUCCGCCCUCAGACGUGUCCCCCUCCGGCGAUCCAUUUGGAGACGGAGCAACCAAAAGCAACGAUCCCUGGGGUGCACCAAGUAAUGCUAGUGGUGAUGGUGCAGGAAAGCGAACAUCAAAAGAAGAGGAGAUCUGUAGAAAGACUGCUUCAUUUUUGGGCUCUACAGGGGCGUCACUGGUUGACGUGGACGAUCUGUUUGCCCCGAACCCCAAAACCAAACAACAGCCCCUCAUCAACACACUCGCUGCCCGAACACAAGCCAUCGGUAAGGUCAGAAAAAAAGCAUCACUCUGGGUCACAAAUACCCUUAAGGACACAACCUGUGUGGAGUAUUACAUGCAGAUCACUUGAUUAUUAAGGAGGCAUGAUUCAUUUUCCUGGGAACCAAAAACAUUGCUGUUUCCAUGGUGAUUUUCAGAAGGAAGUGUUAAUAGAAAGAAGCUAAGAUUGACCAACAGUUGUUAAUGGGUUUCUAUGGAAACGCUUAUUGUGAUCAUUUUUGCACCAACCCGUCCCUCCUCUGUGGUCUUGCUGUCACAUAUAGAUGUGUGUAAAGUUGCUCUCUGUAGAUAGUAGUGUAGUAACCUGCCGACAUGUUCUCAUUCCUCUCUCUGCUCUACUUUGGUGUCUCUUUUCUGGAAUGCUUCAAACUGCAUACCCCACCCUCCCUCCUUGCCCUGCCUCCUCCUACCGCUCACACUCAUUUCCCAGGCACAUCCAAAGGCAUGACAUUUGGUCCUUUGGCCAGAUCAGGGGCAUUCACUGAAACUUUAGCCCCAAACUAUAACCCCUUUGGUCCCAGCCUGGCACCCACUCCUGGUGUAACUCAUUCUUCUUUUGGAGCUGCUGGUCCCUCUGGUGAAACGCUCCGGUUUAGGGAACCGUUGCACGCUCUGGGAACGCCUCACUCUUCUGUGCAUGUUCUUCAAGCAGCUCAGGACGCUCCAAAAUAUGGAAUGCCACCACCUGCGACACAAAUGGGGUUGCGAAUGUUGGAGUCAGAAUAUAAUGUGGGCAAUACUUUAGGAACAGGAGAUGCUGCACUUAGCUUUUUUGGAGCAAACUCAGCAGGUGUAAAUCCAUUUCUAAGUGUUUCUCCACAGACAGGAAGUGAGAACAUCACAGGCAGUGAACCAAAUGAGAUGAUCAUAAUCGAUACCAAUUCAUUCUUGCUUUAACAGAUUCUUUAAUUGAGUCAAACCAAAUUGUUAUUAAAUAUCAAUAAAUAACAAUAACCAUUAUGGAGCUUUUCAGUUUUAUGACCAUGACGUUGUUAUUUAAGACAUGUUUCCACUUCUAUGUCUGUUGACACAAUGAACAGAAUCUGCUUAUGAAAUGGUACAUUAUUCUUAAAACCUUCCCUUUUGUAUUUCAUCCAUUCCUUUAACUGUCCAAAUGAAAAACAUGUCAGCUGAUGAUGUGAAAAAAUUAUUAUAUUAAAAUAACUCGCCAGGAUAAACCAUUAAAUCUAUCUGGGAAAGGAAACACUCAAGUGUCUUUGGGGAAACACUAGAGUAACUGUGUAUCUGUGUGGUUUUUUUUGUUACAUGUUUGUUUUCUUCAAGUGUGCAUGUGUUCAAAGGACAUUUGUGUGUGUGACGUGUGUGCACACUGUGCAGGUGUGCAGUAUAUAGUUCUAUAUAUAUUGUGCUGAUGUAAAUAGUGGAAGUAAUUACUGCUAAACCUUGAAUUAUACUGUAUAUCAAAGUGUUACAAUCAAGAUUAACUAUUUAUGGAUAUAUUUAUUGAUUUAUUUAUUGCUUCGUAAAUUAUUGAUGCAGCCGCGGCCUCCAACAAAAGAAGAUCAGGUGAACUUAUAUGACAGUUUACUGGUUUAAAAUUCAGCUCGGUAACUGUAGGUGUGUUCAUUUUAUCCUCUCUGAUAGGAUUCAUCGUGCAGUGGAACAUGUCUGCGUUGUAUGUCCCAACAAAUGACUUUCUGUUACAUGCAUGCACUCUGAGCACAUCCUGUUAUCGUAUAUAUGUGAGUGUGUGUGUGUGUGUGUGUGUGUGUAAGAGUGAGUUUGACCUUUACAGUUUUGGUGAGUGAGUGAAACAAAAUUCUGUAUUUUAGAAAACACCUGCUAUAAGAGUAAAUAAAGGGAUUGAGUUGAUGUCGUUCUGGUUCCAGCAACGUGGAGCUGAACAGCAGCAGCUGAAGGGACUGAAAGUUAUGAAAGUUUCAACCUAUACUGAGCCAUGCAACUUCUCACAGGUUGCUUCAUUUAAACUGUUUGCAUUCUUUUAAUCAACUCGGGGGGGCUACCUGUUCAUGUUCUGCUUGAUGUGGAUGAAAUUAAACAUUUUGAUUGAAUGAAAUCUGAUUUUAUGCUCACUUGGAAUCUAAGUGUUUCAGGUUUUGCUCAUCCUAAAUGAUUAAACAGAAGGUUGCUCUUUAAAGCCUCACACAGCAGAUGAAACGUCUGUGUAAAGAUAGAAAGAAGGUCAGCCUCUGUCUGUUCAGACUAUGAGGAUUUAGGCAGGUAGACUGAGUGAUUUUCAGAUUUUAUUUUGUAUGAGAUACAUUUAUUUUGCUGUGUAUUUACCUUUAAAAGUGUGUUGUAGACUGUGACAGUGUACAGUAUGUUUGAGAAAUAAAAUGGAUUAUGUUGCCCCUA